AUGCUGGUGGCGUUUAGCACGCCCCUUGAAGCACACUUGGCUCUGGAGGCUGAGCUGACGGCCAUGAUCCAUGGGCUGCGCUUAGCCAAGGAUCUUGACUUACCAAUCUGGAUCGAAUCAGAUGCCGAGCAAGCCAUUAAUCUGGUCAAUGGAGCAGAGUGGGGGCCGGCUCUAGCUCGGCAAGCAGUGGCGCAAUUGAACCUGCUCAAGCGCCAACUUAAAUUCCGAGCCACCUUCAUACACCGGGAGGGGAACAAGGCGGCGGAUUUCCUUGCGAGAAUGGGCCUAAGGCUUGAUAGCGGUCGACAAUUGGAUCAUAAUUCUGCACCAAGAGGCCACAUGGACUUCGUCCGCUUGGACCGAAUGGGUGUUCCAAACAUUCGAACCCUAGAUGGGGACGGAUACUAG